AUGCAGAAUCUCUCUAAGAGCUAUAAACUGAUGACUAAAAAUUUCAUUUUUGGCCAAUUUAUGAGUUAAAACUUCAUGAUAGGUUUUAACCCACUUCUGUAGAGUAAAGCCUUGAUGAAUUAUCAGAUAAAAUGCUUUGCAAGCACAGAAGUUAAGUUGCCGAUAUAGCAAGUUCAAGUACAAAAUAGACUGAAUAAAAAUGAAAACAUCCAUUCUCAAAAAUAGAGGCAAGGAGGGGCCACAGGUUUAAAAAGUUCAUAAUCGUAAAUGCAAACAUAAAGGAGGGUUAGUGACCUUAAGCAAGAUUUAAUGGAUAGGAAUCAAUAGCCUAAACUCUCUUUUAAGCAAAAUCAGCAAUAAAAGUUAAGAUAGACUAAUAGGCAUAGUUAAACAAACCCAAAGAAUGCAUAUUAUCAUUAAAAGUAAAUAGAGAAUCAAGCAGCAGAAUAUGAUGAAGACAACUCACUGCAUGAAGUUAUUUCUAUUGAAUCGAUACAAACAUGCUUUGAAUAUACUUAGUCAUUGAAGUAUCUAAACAACAAUAAAACAGAAAAAGCCCUAAAACUUCUUGAAGGUCUCAGUUAAUUGCUAAGAUUUCAUUAGUUCAACUCUCCAGGGCAUUUACUUGUGCAGCAAAAAUUGUAUCAAUGCUUAAUUAUGAUGGGGAGGAUAAAAGAUGCAGAGAUGAUGCUAUUGAAUAUGAUUCAGGGCAUGGUUCCCAACUCUAAGACCUAGUACGAUUCUGCUGGUUUAAUUCUAGCUAAAAUUGACUAUCUAAUACACAUGAUUAACUUCUAAGAGCAAGAGACUGGGCCUAGAAGGAUUAUAAAGCUUGGGCAGGAGAUACUCAAACUACCCUAAUUCUAGUCCUUAUCAGAUGAUUAAUCAGCCUAUACCAGAUUCGUGAUUGGGACAGCGUUCUUUUUAAGUGAAAAGGUAUCUUACACCGAAUCGAAAUUCCAUUUGAAGUACGCUUUGAAAACUGCAACUGAUGAUAAGCUUCGAAGUAUAAUUCUUCAUAACUUGGCAGUAAUGAACUAUUGUGAGAUUUCAGACCACAAUGACAGAAUGCUAAAUCCCUCUAAAAUAGAUAAGGAAGAUGUCUUAGAAUAGAUGAACAAGGAGGAUAAGAGGAAGGCUGAGGAGAAAGAGGAAAAUCUCAAUAUACGCAGGCAGUUGAGCAAGUAAGAAAAGGAAAAGAGAAAUUAGGAAAGAAUAAAAAUGGUCAGAGAAAAAUUGAAAAUGGGUCAAACUUAAUUCUUUGAUUAAAUUAAGACUAAGCAGAAAGGGAAUACUAACCAAAGGAUUUACUCUAUUUUAGGCAAAAUAAUGUAAAAGGAAACUGAUAAACAGCAAAAGUAACUGAGUAAGAUAUAGAAAGUACAGUAAGAAGUUGAUAGUGCUUGGAAAUAAGACUUUGACCUUCUAGAGAAUUCAAUCCUUCCCAAAGAAGCCUUUGUUGACCCAUUGAAAUUCGGAACAGACCCAAAACGUAUUGAUCCAUCCAUCUCCCUACCUCGUAGAACAAUAGAAAAUCUCAACUUGAUGAUGGUCGAUAGAGCCAUAGACUUUGAUCCUUACACAAGCUUUAAUGAAAUACUCCCCUAGCUAUUUCUUUCUCUGAGGUAUUCGUAUUAUCAUUUGUAGAAAAGUUAGUUAGAGGAUAAAAAUAGUGCAAAUAACUAAUAAACGGAAUAAUAAAAAUAUGACCCAUUCAUACAUUGCCAUAAGAUUGAUGAUUUAAUGAACAAGUAAAAUGCUAUUGAUCAAAUAAAAAAUAUCAAGUAUCACAAGACUAUUGAAUUUGUGGCUAGGAUGUAUGCCUAGGAUUCGAAAAGAUAUCAAGUAUAGAGCGAAUUUUGGCUGAAUGCACUAGAAGAUUUACUCUAUGAUUUAAGCAUUAAAGAUAUUUACAACACUUCAAUAUAGCCUUAGUUAGAGAUGCUCUCAAGACGGUGUUAAAUUCUGCAAGCAGCCUACUAUAUAGAUAAUAGAAAAAUUAAGCUGGCAUUGGACUCCUUAAAUUAUCUAGUAACCUAAAAUUUUGAUCCAAAGGGAGGUGAAAAAGAUACAGAGGCUCUUGUCAACAGUCUUUUGGGUAUAUUAAAGUAGAAUAGCAAGAAUCAUGAUGUGUAGCUUGAGGGACUAGCUCAUUUAGAAAAGGCAAAAGAAAUAUCAAAGGAAAUGGGAGCUCUCUAUGAACGUAAGAAGUGGUUGAUUAUUCCAAGUAUUGAUCUGAGUACCAAAUGA